AUGCACCGCGAGAUAACAAUACAUCUGACCCAACCUCCAUCGGGACGUUGCCAAGCGAUUCCUAUCACAGACAUCGCAGCCAAAACUGUAGCUAAAACAUUUUACGACCAUUGGGUCACGCGAUUCAGCGCUCCUAAGAUCUUAACCACGGAUCAAGGAGUACAGUUUGAAUCACAAUUUUUUGCAGCUCUCUUAUCCCUAAUAGGCUGCAAACAAAUUCGCACUACUGCCUACCAUCCAGCAUCUAAUGGGAUGAUCGAACGCUGGCACCGUUCAUUGAAGGCAGCCUCAAUGUGCCACAAUACACCAGACUGGGUCGGUACGCUGCCCACGGUCCUCCUUGGCUUACGAUCACAUGUCCGUUUAGACACCAAGGCCUCCCCAGCCGAAUACAUCUACGGCACUACAAUACGAUUACCAGGAGAGUUCUUCCUUCAAGAAGAUUUCGAAUCAGAUCCCCAAAUCUUUGUUGAUGGUUUUAGAACAUACAUGCGUCAGGUCAAACUAGUUCCGGUACAUCACUACAAAAAACGUGCAUUUAUCUUCAAAGAAUUGGCUUCUGCUCUCACGUCUUCUUACGCAAUGAUACUGUAA